AUGUCUGCUCCCAGUACAUCCGAAUCAUCAAGUACUCUAUCUAUCUGUAUAUCACGACUUGAUGCCGCGAAAGAGGCCUACGUCAAGGCCCACGACGCGUUCCAAGCUAUCAAGGGUUCCUUAGAUAGGGCCGACGAUGAGCUCUUCGAUCAGCGGGCCAAAGAGCAAGACGCUCAACUGCUGCGUUCGCUUGGAACCAUCUGCGACGUCGCACGCUUUGCCUCUCAGCCCGGUCAGCUUCUUUCCGAGGACCUUAGCCAACUCGUGGAGCGCGCAGCCAAGGUCGAGAACUCUAUAAUGCAGCUCUCCUACGGCGAGGAUCCUGAGGGCAACUCGCACAUGGCGUGCGGAAAUGUUCUCAAGGACAAAGCGACGGCGUCUUUGGGAGGUAGUAUGGGUAUUGGCAGCGCCAAGUCUAUGCUGCCGUUCUUCAUGACUAUUGCUACUGGGCCUGUCAACGAGAAAGAUCUUAAAGCUAAGAUGCUCGGUUACGCUGCGACGCCUCACAAAGACACGCCCAAGCCAAGUCUCUAUACGUCCCCUCUCGCACGCUUCGGCAUCAACCCGGUGAUACCUGGUCCCGAUGCAUCUCCCGCCACAGUCGCAUUUGCAGAAGCGCGAUGCGAGGUACAAUCCAACGAAAUAGCACGUCCGUCGACACUGCGCCUCGCGGGCAACGCUCUCGUAGUCCUCGGCGCAAGCGGUUGGAAGGAGCAGUCAGGCAUGGUGUCCAUACGGGAUCUAUCUUCUGGAGACGACCGCGACUUCUUUUACAAGAAGAGGACGUACAAUCUCGGUAGCCGUGGUGGCAACGAGCUCGUGGUGGAUGACUCGCGCAAACUCGUCUAUAAUGACGGCCGUAAGGUUAUCAACGCGUGCAGCUAUGGAGAGCAGAAGAAGACGAAGGGAGAGGAUGCGGCGAUGUAUCAAGGGGAAGGCCCAGGUGCUCCCACGGAGAAGAGCGCAAAUGCGUUGGGCAAUGCCAGUUCAGACGAAGAUUCGGAUAUGGACUCGGACGACGACGAUAUGUACCUCGACGGGAGGGAUGGAAGGGAGGACCUGGCAUUCUCGCUCAAGUCCAACGGCUACGAAGGCGUACUUGGUCUUGCUGACGGCGGUGCGAAGAUAUUGCGUAUCGGUGGGAAGGGCUUGGGAAUCUGGGAUGUCCCUCAACGUGGAAAGACGGCCGGCUUCACCAGUCUAGACUCUCAAGCAUUCUCGGAUGUCGAUGUCAUGGAGGAACAUCCGUCAAUUGCGCAACAGCGUCUCAUGGCGACCUUCAAGGGCUCUUACUACGUCUCUUCGGUGGACAUCGAGACUGGACGGGUAGCAGCACGCUAUGUCGGCCACAACCGAGAAGUCACUACGUUUGCGUCGAGCAAAGAGGAUCCACAUGGCUUCAUCACCGCGAGCUCCGAUGGCGGCGUGCGCUUCUACGACUCCCGACUACCGGCUCCGAUUUACGCUAUUGAGCACUCUCAUGCAGAGGACUUACAGUCGGUCUUGUAUGAGCAUAUCGGAGGUUACCCUUUCAUCAUCAUUGGCGGGUUCAAGACACAACAGGUGAAGAUAUGGGAUGCAAGGGGACGUGCCCCUCUGUACGCACUCAGCACAGGCAACAACAAUGUCCAAGGGUUGGCUUGGGAUGGAGAGCGGAACCAGUUAUUUGCCGCGACGGCUUGCUCGUAUCGUGGACGUGAUGGCACGGCUUACGAUUACCGGCGAGCCAAUUUUGGUGAUCGAAGAAGCGACAAGGCGUGGCCGCAGCAAGCCUAUCAUGACGAGGAGAGCUUUGGCUACCCCUUUGACUGUGGUUCUCAUCGACUUCUGCGCUACCGUCUCACGUCCGAACCUGACGCCAGGUUUCUUCCUGUGUACGGAGACGCGGAACCGGAGCGAGGCGGUGGUGGUGGAGGUUUCGGCGGAUUCGGAGGGAUGUUCGGGUUUUGA